GAAUCCGCGCUGUGGAAUCUAUAGUUGAGUCGAUUAGUUGAGUUAAGGCAUCCGUGCAGGUUGGACGUUUGUGCAAUAACGUUUUUUUUCGAGUUUUUAUUUCUUUAUCAUCAUAUCGAUAUAGUUUUUUCGGUUUGUUUUGUUGAGUACGUGAACCGCGAUUCGUGUGGAUAUGAUCGAUCGGUCGGUUAUGCGACGGUGAAGGGACGUGAUCGUUGUGGGUUAUGAUUCAGAAUUAUUUUAGUGUAGCGUAAAGCCGUUUAUAACGUUAACCGUGGAAGUUGUUAGUGUUAGUAAUCGUCUGUUUAGUCUACUGCUUAGUGUACCGCUGCACCUAAGUGACAACGACUAACGUCGUAGACGCACGUUUGGGGAUAGUGUCGAUCCUCGGUUAUGGAAUAUCUUCAUUACUGCUAAGAUUACGACCGUGGAAUACAGCAUGUAAGAGAAGGAGUCGAGUCUUUUCGAACAUUUCUACACACUUUUUCGGAAAUGUUUUUGUGAAAGUUUGCGGCAUUUCGCUGGUAUUAAACAUUGUGCGACCGGUUUGGGAUACAAGUCUGUCAAGCCACACGUCUCCGCAUCCCCUGCUUCAUUCGAGUGAAACUUCAAAACAAUCGUGUGAACACCAGAUGCCAAGUGAUUGCUUAUGAUUUUGCGGGUAUCUCAAUAAAGUCUGGUGGAGCUUGUUUACAAUUCGAAGAAGAAACUUCCGGCGUCUCAAAAGAACGGGUUUAGUGAAUGGAUGUAAACAAAUAUCCGAGAGAAGGUUUUGAAGGUGCCAAAAGUGAAACAUACGUGUGAUUCUGUCGCUUACUCUGGUGAUCACCCAUCAGCAAAUUCAUUCAAAGGGAAAUAAAACGGAAAACAAGAACGGUAACGUUUGUAAACAAACGAUUUAGCAUGGUGCAAAAGUCACGUGUUCAGCUAAAAAAGUCUUGUUGAGUUUGGAAACCUACUCUUAAAUCUUCCUCCUGCAUUCAACAUUAUAAAAUUUGCUUCAAUUCGCUUAUUACUGCAUGUGUUGUGUCCGUUAGCCAAGUCUAGUGGCUGCGAAGUGAUGGUUAUUUGCAUCAGUGGGGAAUCAUUGUGAGGAAGUAUAGGGGAGCAAUCAGCUGUGUUUAAAAAUUGUGGAGCUCUUUGUAUCAUCGACGCUUGAGACCAAUAUAUUGAAACGUGAAUUUGAUUUGGUUUUGGUGUUGCGUUGAUUUGCUUCAUUGGAUGCAAUCAAAAAGUGACAGUGGAUGAAAGAAGGCAAAAAAACGAAUAAUUGGAGGUGCAAACGAAGAAACUCAAGAACCCGCGACGUCGAAGGCUGAUAAGAAGAUAACACAUAUGAAGGAUACCAAGCAAUGAUGGAUUGAUUCGGUUGAAUAGUACCCGUCUUAUACGAUCGAAGAAUCAUCGUUUCCCGAGAUCCAGCUUAAUAUGAUAACACUUCUCUGCCAAUACAAAUUUCAAUAAGAGCAAAUUAAAAAGAAACCAAAGACAGAAGAAAAUGAAAUUGCUAUAUUGAAAUAUGAUAAAAUAACAAAAGAGCACAGCAAUAUAAAGCACCUUAAAAACAAGUCGCACGCUGGAAUCGUCUCUAUUCAAAACCACAUUUCGAAACCAUCCACGAUGCAUCAUCACCUCGGGAGCAGUGACUAACCGUGCGAGCGCUCCGACCCAUUAACCUCCCCCGGACAGCACCUUUAGAGACAGAAAACCAACUGCAUCUGACCAAUUCACGACAGCAACGGCAGCGCGCAUUUCUUUCAACCUUUUGUUCCCUCACCCGGUUACCGGACGCUUGCCGAAAACAAAAAAGCAAAUUGUCGGUCAAUGUUGCACCAGCGUCAUCACGCAUCGUCCUCGCAGCUUUCCUCCUCCUCCUCGGUUGGCUCACCGAUGAAUCACAAAGACCUGGAGGCGGAACUGGACGAGUAUCUGUCGGAGUACAAACUGCAGGGACCCCUCGAGCCGAUCAGUCACUACGCAGAUGGAGAACUCGAAGCAGAAUGGUUGAACGCAGCCGGAUUUCCUCAGCUGACCAGAGCCUUCGAAGAGGGCCGUGAACUUUCCACAUCCGAACUUGUGCCAGUUAUCGAGGGGCUUUCCGCAGCCCACGCGGAUGCCGUCAAGCAUCGCGUAAAAGCACUCAACCGUACGGUCCGCGGUAGGACACGGAACAGGGGCAGCAAAAAACCGGACAUCCGCGAUGUAUUCCGUGAUGUAGAUUCAUCCAGCACAGGAACACGUUCUAGAAGUGCCACGCCAGACUCUCUGGAUUCAUUACCGGGCGAUGACGGUUGGAACAGUAGUAGCUCCAACAAUAACCACCACCACCAUCAUCACCCUCACAUCCCGAGCUUUGUCUCCGUCUUCGAUGGAAGCAAUGGGCCGGUGGUGCGACCGACACCGAUCCGCAGCAAACAACAUUUGCGACGGACACCCAGUGCACCGCUCCGUGGCUCAGCAGAGCUGUUUCGCGGUUCACAUGUUCGCUGUGAUAUUCCCUUUCAUAAUGCCGAGGGCAUAGAGUUACUGAACUUCCAAAGAUUGGGAACUAUACACAUACCACGUAUUCGAUCGGGUUCGGAUCCUUCCUGUACCAUUGGAACGCAUGGCGGUCAACAUAUUUCCGGAACCCGCAGCCAUACGAACCUAUACAAUGACAAUCAAAGUAAUGAAGACUCGGGUAACUCGUCAUCGGAGCAGAGUCCCCCGAGUUCACCACCUCGCAACAGUCUGCUUUGUUCGGUCGAGAACUCUCCCCUGCGCUCGUCCUACGAACCCGUCAGUUUCGAGAGCAUGAUCAAACAGACCUCGUCGCCCCAUGAGUCAUCGCAGAAGCUCUGGCAGCUGCAGCAGGAUAAUCGUGAGUCUUGCUGCGACAUAGACAAAGUGUCUGAAGGAGACAUCAAACGUUUGCAACCAUUAUUGUGGCUGGAGCUGGCCUCCCUGUUCGACAAAAAUCACGUCGCCCUGGACAAGCGGAAACCGUUCAAACGAAAACGAAAGGAGGAAGGCAACGUCUUUGGAGUGUCACUAAAUGCUCUGGUGAGACGCGACCAACAGAUAACCGGAGAAGAUACAACCCUCGUACCUCUGAUAUUGCAAGCGAUCUUAUCCGAGCUAAGGUUACGCGGUGCUAAAGAGGAAGGCAUCCUGCGAGUGCCAGGACAUAAACAAAAGACCGAAACACUCUACAACGAAAUUGAACAUAACUUUUACUACAAACCAGAGAAAGUGCAACCCUUGUUCAAGAAGGCUGGUGUACACGAUCUCAGUGCACUGCUGAAGCGAUGGUUGCGAGAACUACCUCAACCUCUGCUAGCAAACGAUCUGGUGCAUUUAUUCUACCAGACGAACGUUUUACCUCCCCAUGACCAGUACAAAGCGUUGGCCGUUCUCUGUCAGCUGUUGCCGCAUGAGAAUCGCAACACGUUGCGGGAGCUGUUGAACUUCUUCCGGUUGGUGGUGACGCAGCAGGAGUCGAAUAAGAUGUGCCAACAGAAUGUGGCCACCAUCAUUGCACCAUCGCUGUUCCCCCCAAGAUUCAUCCAUCCUCCAGACAAGAAUAAUAUCGGAGCCCAAGUCCGCAUGGCAGCGCAGUGUUGCCAUCUAACGAACGUUCUCAUUAAAAUCGCCGACGAACUGUGGCGAGUGCCAACCCGGCUCAUUGACCAAAGUAAAAUGAUCAACAAAAAUGGACAGCCCAAACGCCAACUCACCCGCAAAGCCAAAAAUCCCACUUCAAACAGCGGCGAGUUUGUCAUCGAUACCAACCACAUCCACAGACUGGUUAUCUGAGGGCGGCUACUUUUGCGUUUAGACUAAGGUGCUAUUAAGCAAUCAGGAUCUAAUCUUAAGCUGAGCUUCUUUCCGACAACCGUGUUGUCGGUCGAUGUAGCUUCAUAAUCAACGGGCCACAUCCAAUCUAUCUAAAUACCUGUGGCUGAAUCACAUUAUCAACAUCUUCGAACAUCGUAAUGCAUUCUGACAGGUUACGGAUUAGAAUUAAUCGUGUAGGCCUACUUUCGCUGAUUAUCUAAAUAUAUCGAAUGGUGUGUUUUACCAAGUGUGAGUGUUUCUGGUGUGUUUUGCUUUACAAGCGCUUACCGAUUAUUGCUUUAAAACGAUAAUUAUAUCCCAUAAACAGAAGAGGAAAUACGCGUAUGUUCUAUAUUUACCGAUUGCUGUUGGAGCAGAUACUAAAAUUAGAAUAAAAUGGAUAUCACCCGACGAAUUUAACCUCAACUGCAUUAGUACAUUUAGAUUGGGCGCUAUUCCGGCAGCCAUAUAGUCAGGAAUGUGAAGUGCUGUUUGUGUGGCACGCUGCUCUACUAUAGGAUAGACUCGUAAUAUAGUAUUAUGUACUUACUCUCAAAUUAACAAGAGAAACUGGAUCAUACGUAACUCACGUCAAUUGAUGAUGAUAGUCAUUGUAAUCUGUAUUUAUUACGGUGUUAUAGUCAAAGAUUGUAUAUAUUCGAAUGGCAAUUUUUGUAUAUAUAGAAGUGUGCAAGAAACAAUAAAAUUAAUAUGUACCAUGA